CACCCCCUAGAGUUGGGAACAACUAGCACAUAUGUGCAAGGGAAACCUUUACCUAACAACCAGUUUUUCCCCCCAUGGCAAUCUGUUCCUAACCUGGUUCGUCAAGUUGUCCAAAUGUGAUUGUGACUACCAUUUUUGCUUCUCACUGAAGAAUGACAGAAAUGUGUCUUCAAUUUUCAGCCCACAUAAAGGAAUUCUAAGGAAUGCUUGGCACUGCAGUUUACCAAUCUUUGUUCUGAAAGAAAAUGCUAGAUGCCAAAGCUUUGAGUCACUUAAAUAUUUAUCUACCAUAUUGACUUAUACAAGCUUGCUAGAAUUGCCAUAGGAGCCAUUUCUGCAGACCAUUCUACAACAAUUUAAAUCCUUUGUUGUCCACCUUUGUCAAAAUAAUGAAAUGCAAAAUAGUUUAAUCUAUUUCCUCUGCACAAUACAUAACGGCAAUGUUGUAUCUCAAAGUUUGUGUCUUCCUUUUCAAUGAAUAACUUUUAAUUCAAACUUCCAUAUUUGAAAGUACAAAUUACUCUACAUGCCAGAAUAAGUAUACAAACUUUCCUCAGGUGUUAAUCUCAAACUCCUUUUAACUGCAUUUCCUAGGCACCAACACAAAAGUUGGAAGCCAGUAGUAAUAGUUCUGUGCUAAAAAGAUGCAUCUUAUUUUUUUCAGCAUUCAUUUUUACAUUAUCUUGUUAUUGCUACUUAUAAUUAUCAAACAUAAAUACAAAAAAUGUUGAGUUGUAGCACUCAAGCACAGAAAUAUGAUGAUUCAUUGUGUAGCAGUCAAGCACAGAAACAUACAGUGAUUGAUUCAGGAGAUAGGAAGAGGAUUAUCCUAAACAUUGGACGCAUUUAAAACACAAUUUAUGAAGUUCCAUUGUUCAGGUAUUUUAUCUCACACACAUUCUGAAAUAGUAAAUAUAUAUGUAAAGAAAACUUUCCACACACAACUUUGUUUUGAACUUUCAGACAAGUUAUCUUGCCUGGAUUUUCCAUCAUGCAUAGGUAUACCUAAUAAAGAGACACUAAGAAUUGCAAUCACGUGUCUAGUAUGUGUAUACAAGCAAUUUAAGAAAUUUAAAGCAUACAUAAAUAGGGGAAAGUGAAAAUGUAUCGUUUUAAGAUGACAAGCUACGUGGGUCACGAAGCCAUUUCGCGCGUUAUUUUGUUAGCCUUUUGUUAGAGCAUUUCAUCAUACGCGAAGGCGUAAAGCUACUACACAACCGUCUACAAAUCCCAGCAAAGCUUUUCAUGGACAGGCGUUGCAGAGAUGGAAACCGCGGGAACGGAGAGGACAUUCCCCCCCGCCCCGCCGCCGCUUCAUUUCGCCACCGCGGGAACAAAGUGAGUUGGAGCAGCAAUCCCUUCGCGCUCCCGCUCAGCGACCUUCUCCUCGCUGCAGGCGCCCUCUUCUUUUCUCCUGCUACGGCUGCAACUCCAGCAUACCGGCCGCAGCAGGAAGAGCAGCAGCGGCGGCGGGCGGCGUUUCUCGUGUCCUGAAGCCGAUCGGGCCCCCAGUCAAUUGGAGCGGAGUGGGAGGGGCAGCCUGGGAAAGCCACAGCCCGACAUGGGUCUUCGGCGAGGUAGCUCGCAGCCCUUGCUGCCAACUUGGCCGCGGCGCACCGCAGCUCUCCGGGUUCCAAGCCGCUCUCCCGCCUCUCGCAGCGGAAAUUGAGGGGAGGACCGGGUGGGGGGGUGGCCGCCGCCGCAGCUGCCCUCCUCCUGUGAGCGGGAAGGGGGAGUCGUCCCACUCUACUCGGUCCCUGUAGCCUACCCCCCCUCCCCUCUCCGCCCCGGUUGGCCGCUUCUUACGCGCCAGGCCCCGAGCGCAGCCCGGCGUCCCCUCCUUUCCCACUCGGAUGAUGGACAGGAACUACCCACCAGCCCCCAGCUACCCUGAUCCAUUGGGUUCGGCCGCCUCCGCGUCUUCGCAACCCGCCACCGUCUGGGCCUAUGAACGGGGCGUCAGCAGCCUCAAGCCCAGUUUAAACUAUGGAGGAGGACAUUCAUCACACUCUGAAGCGGAUCUUCUUAGACAAACAUAUGCAGCUUCUCAGCAGCUUCCUGUGUACACUACCACACCCCAUCCUUCUGGUCUUCCUGGAAUUUUUGAUAAUUCUACGCACAGUAGCAAUAGCAACACUAAAGAAGCAUCGGUUAUGAAUUUUCUCUCUGCAAUCGAAUCUCGCAAUACUCAAACUGUUUCUUCGGGAACAACUCUUUUACCACAAUUUAGGGCGCCUACAUGGCAACCAGCAGGCAUGCAUCCAUCAUCUGACCUUUUUGUUACUGGAGCCCUGCCAACAUCUGGAACCUUUCCAUCAACCUCAGUUUAUCAACAUCCCAAUGCUUUUAGCAGUAGAAACUUUGUUACUACUCCUUCUUUAACACUUCAGGAUACAACUUUUAGUCCAACCUCAAAUGGGCUUCUAACUGCUCAUGACCCCUUAUUGCAGAUCAAGACACCCCAAGGCACAGUUCCCCCUGCACUGACUUUUGACCGUCUGGGCAGUUACGUUUUAAGUACCAGCAUACCACCACAAUCUUCAACAUACCGUUCUGCUCAAGAGUCUGCACCACAUCUCCUACAGCCACAGUUCAGUCUAUUGCCUUCGUCACUUGGUGGAGGACCUCAGCAGACUCCACAGGUGUAUAACUCAACUCUGUUUACUGGUUCUACUGCCUCCAUUGAAAGAGCACUGCAGCGCGAAUGUAGUGUAAUUAAACACCAUCAGCGGCCUUCAAACACACAGUCUGUUCAGGCACAACUGACUAGUUCACAGCAUUCCCUACAGAACUAUUUACCAAGUACAGAUGAAUCUGAUUUUCAGGAUGCACCCCGCCCAUCAACUUGUAGCCCAGCUGGCGAUGCUACUCAGGUGAGCAGUAGUGGCCCACAGCAGAAAACCUCUCAGGUUUCAGUGGAACUUUCACAGUCGUAUGCAUCAGCAGUUCCAUCACCAGGUUUCCAAUCUGUUUCCACUACAAAGGUAAAACAGUGUUCUACAAAGCAACCAACAAGGUCAACAAAGACACCUAAACCACAAAGUGCAGCCCCUUCUGUACAGACACAAAGCUAUUCCAAAAUUGCACACAACCAGAACUCUGUAAUAUCUGGUCAAGCACAAAUCUAUUCUACAGCACAGCUCCCAAGUCUCCUCUCAGUAAGUCAGUCACAAAAUUAUAUUUCAACACAGUCACAGAAUGUGCCACCUGUUAGUCAUGCGCAAGUAUUCUCAGCCAUCAAGACUGAGAAAUUGCCAUCACUAUACAAAACACUUUCUUUUGCUGGGCAAUCAGAAGUUACUACGUCCGAAAGCCAGGCACUACCAUACACUUCUGAUCAACAGGUAUUAACCUCAGUUUCAAAUACCUUCUCUGGGCAAACAAGGGAUCUUUCUUCUAGCAGCCAGUCUGAAAAUUAUUCUUCUAGUCAUUCUCAGGGUAUGUCAACAAUUAGCCAGCCACAGAUUAGCUAUUCAUCUCAGUCACAGGUCUUGUCAGUUGUUAGUCCUUCGGAAACAUUUUCUUCUCAUAUUCAAAACUUAUCAACUACAAGUCCUCCUCAGAACUAUAUUUCAUUGCAUUCUCAGGUACAAGAAUCAUCCUCUUCACAAUCUCAAACAUUUUUGCCAGUUGUACAGUCAACUCCUUUUGAAGUAACACCUAAUUCACCAGCAUUGCAGAACAAUAGAUCUUCCUCAGAUACAAAGUCAUACAUUAAAAGGAAAUCUGAUCCUAAUUUGUAUCAAACAUCUAAACAAGAUGAUCAGUUUCCAAUGCAUAAUUUUCAGGCACUGCAACAGCAAGCAUCUCUUGAUUCCUCUCCUCAGAGACUUACUGACGGUGAGAUUAAUGCUCAGGAUACAACUUAUAAAGUUUCCAAAGCAGAUAAUCGCUACUCUCAAAGUGUAAUCAGAAGUAACUCUCGUCUUGAAGAUCAAAUUGUUGGGCUUACUUUUCAAGGGUCAAAAAAAGAGGAAAUCAUGGUUAAUUCUGUAACACAAAUCAGCCAUAUUACCAAUACAGGGAAUCAUGAUAUUAAAAAAGCAGGUAGUUUACUGUCAACAGCACAAGUAAAUGCAGACAGUAAAGAACUUAACCAGCAAGAGUCUCUUAUGCACAAGGUACAUGAAGUUAAAGUCUCAGAGCAACAGAUUCAUGCUGUUAGUUCACCAUCUCAGCUUCAUACUCAGCCCAUACGACACAGCCAUCAGCUAAGCCUGCCUACUUCACAGGUACUUCUAGAAUCCCCCUGUGAUUUACAAAUGCUUCAGCAGUCAAUAUUGCAAUCUGGUUUAGGAUACACAAAAAGUGUUCCACAAGUGCAGCACAUUAUGAAUUCUCAGCAGUAUCUACAAGUGGAUGGUCAUAUGAUUCAAGGUAAUGGAAGGCAUUCUCAGGAGCAGCUUCAUUCACAACACACUGAAGUUUUGAAAGUUAACCUUUCUGAACCAUCAAAGCCAUUACAGCAUCAUAUGACACCCAAAGAUCAUUUUGGACAACCAAAUCAUGAGUCUAAGAAUCAAUUUGUUCCCCUUAGUUCUGUAUGUUUUCCAGAAUCUGUACUUCUCAAUGAUGAAAGGAAUAUAUUGUCUAAUGUAGAUGAUAUCUUAGCAGCCACAGCUGCAGCUUGUGGAGUAACACCAUCUGAAUUUGCAAAAUCAACUGCCAAUGAGGAAGAAAUUCAAUCAGUUGAAAAUGGAGAUAUUCCUAAAUCUCAAUUUCAUACAAUAGAUGUCAGACACCUGACUCCUAGCUUCAACUCAUCCCCUGCACUUCCUGGAAAGCCACUUAAUAAUAUUUCUUUAAAUGGAGGCCAUGUUACCCUAAAUUUAACAGCAGUGCCUGCAGAUCAGACAAAAGAUAGGAACCUUGACCAACAACACAUUGAGAUUUCUGCCCAAGGUGUUCCCACUAGAAUUACAACAGUUGAAAUUGAAAGAAGGCAGGAACAGGUUUCUAGUCAAGUUAAGCAACAGUCCAGCACCAGGAGUGAAUCUGAAGCUAAAAACAAUGUUCAUAUGGAUGGACCAUUAAACAUUAAAGAUAAAGACCUUAUUUCAAGUAGGACUCUAAAUGAAGAGAUUACAGUGUCAAAAACAGAUUAUAGCAUGGCAAGUGACAAUGCUGAUGUUCCACUGCAACAAAUACCUAUGCAGCAUCCAAGAAAUGAAAAUGGUAAUAAUACUGAAGACAAGAGCCAACUUUUUUCAGAAGAGGACCCUCAAAAGCAAAAGGACAGAGGACAGAAUCAAAUUAAAAAUGUCAAUGAAGUUGAUACAAAUCAGAAACUAUUGAAACGAAGUGGGCAGUGCAAACGUCAGAAUUCAAGAGGCAUUGAUGCCAACUCUCCUGUUCCUGAAAACUGUCAUGAAACUUACCAACAUCAAGAAAAAAUGAGGCAGAAAAUUAAAGAGGUGGAAGAAAAGCAGCCAGAAGUGAGAACAGGAUUUAUUGCAUCUUUUUUAGAUUUCUUAAAAUCUGGACCCAGACAGCAGUUUUCAGCACCUGCUAUCCGUGUUCCUAAUCGUGUAAGAAGACCUGUCACCCCACUUAUUAGAGUACCAACAGCGACUUCAUCUUUUGAUAGCUUUGCUGAAAAUUCAGUUAAGAACAAUUAUGAAGAUCCUAAGAUAAAGUCAGAAGCCCUGCCUUAUUUUUCUUUUGAUAACGAUAAUGUGAGGAACAACAAAGAUUACCAAAAGAGCAUAUAUUCUCCUUUAUCAUCAUCUGAUACAAAGAUAAAGUCAGAAAUUGACAAAACAUAUUCUCAAGCCAUCACUAAUACUGUCGUAAAGAAGGAAGCUUCCCAAAUGACUGUUACGGUGACAGAUCCUCAGGUAAAAACCUGUGCAGCACAAUUUAAAACGGAGAGUGUUCUUACAGAGCCGUUAGCAAAACCUCAAGUAUUGGUUGCAAUAGAAGGAUAUACUGAAGAUGACCAUGGAGACAGUGACGGCGAAGGCAUAUACAGAGAACGUGAUGAAUUUGUAGUGAAGAUUGAAGAUAUAGAACCACUAAUGGCUGCUUUUAAAAGAGGAGUGGAGCCUCCAGCCAUCUGGAAAGUUCAAAAGGCUUUGCUGCAAAAAUUUGUACCUGAAGUACGAGAUGGACAAAGAGAAUUUGCAGCGACUAAUAGUUAUCUUGGAUAUUUUGGAGAUGCAAAAUUGAAGUAUAAACGAGUAUAUGUGAAGUUCAUAGAAAAUGCAAACCGAAAAGAGUAUGUCAGAGUAUGCUCCAAGAAGCCAAAAAAUUCACCUGUACAGUCUGCAAGAAUUGCUCACUGUAAGCCAAGUAUGAACAUCACUAAAGUUCCUGAUCCCCCAGUGCCAAAAACGGUUACAACAAAAGUUACUUCAGUGAAACCCAAAGCAAAACAGCCAAAGACAAAGGCUGAACCACCACCAAAAAAACGCAAAACAUGGAAAGAAGAAUCACCCUCUACUCUUCAGCCGCAGAGUGAUGAGGAAGACACUGAACCACCAGCACCUAUUGUUGCCCGUUUUUUGAACACCAGAGCUAUGAAGGAAACAUUUAGGAAUUAUAUGGAACUGCUUGUCAGCCUUGCCUUGGAUCCAGAUACUAUGCAGGCAUUGGAGAAGAGUAAUGAUGAGCUGCUUUUGCCUCAUAUGAGAAAAAUUGAUGGCAUGCUGAAUGACAAUAGAAAAAGGCUGCUUUCCAAAUUACAUAUAGAGCGACCAUUCAAGGCUGCUUUGGAAUGUUUUCCUGAAAUGACAGUAAUAACCCGAGAUACUAAAACAAAAAUGGGGGUGAAUGCAGUUUCUAGAAUCAAGAUGAAUGGGAAAGCUUAUAAUAAGAAAACACUGAAAAUUUCCAAAGCAACCACAAAAUUAGCGCAGGAAUUUACUAUAGAUCCAGAAAAAAUACCUUUGUGUUCUUUGUAUCAUUCACUCCAUCAUUACAAAUACCACAUAUUUCUCAGAUGCAAAGUAGAGAUUUCUUCCGUUCAAAAAAAGAAUGCAGAUCUAGGUCAAGAGGAAAUUGUACAGCAGUGCAUGAAAAAUAUAAAAUGGAUAGAAGAUCUCUUUGAGAAGUUUGGUGAACUUUUGAAUCAUGUUCAGCAGAAAUGUUGCUAACAAAUAUUGAUGCAAACGUGACUUUUUUUUUGUUCUGUUCUACUCAUCAAAAUAAAAUUAAAAAGGCUGAUAGGCUGGUCACGACAAACUUUAUUUUAGGUCAAAAGAAAUCAUGGUAUUCUGGGUUCCUUGUAUUCUAAUAAGAAAAAAAAAGAUAUGAUGCCAAGCAAAUGGAACUACAAACAAACCUGAAUUUUUAACUUGGAGAAUAUUUUUUCCUAUUUUGUAAACUUUUCUUUUGAAAUAACUUAGGUUUAUUUUUGACAAAUGAUCGAAGCAUGUACUUAAAUAUAUAUAUUUUGGCUAUGAUUAAAAUAACUUUUUAAAUAUCAUGCCAUUUUUUUUUACUCUGAACACUAGGAAGAGUCACAGUGAUGGUAACUGUGACUGAGCUCAAGUAGAGUCUCGAACUUUUUGCAGAGAAAUCUUAAUAGGACAAGAACUACUGUGUGUGAAUAAUCUCCAUCUACAUUCAAGAAUACCAUUCUCCUUUACGGACUCCAAUUACUGAUGUUAUGUUCAGGAAACUCAACAUGGAUUUGGUGCAAUCCUAUGACUGCUAUUUUGUGACAGAUUAUAUUAUAAUAAAAAACAAUUACCUUAAUUAUUUUCCCUAGGUCUUGAAGAAAGACAUAUUUUUUCCUUACAUUUGUGUCCUUUAUUUUUCCCUUUUGGAAAGAAAUCAAUUGUACAUUUUAUCCCACAAUUAGUUGUAUUUUUCAGAGGAAAAAGUAUUGUGGCUUAAAAUUGUUUCAUGUACUCUUGUAAUACAUUUCCAAUUGUUUUUUUGUUCAUUUUAUAUAUUAAUUUCAUAUUGUAAAGUAUGUAUCUUGAGAUUAUCUUUGUUUAUACAGGUUUGCUUCAGUGUUAACCAUGAAUGAGACAUAUUAGACUUCAUAAGUUUGCUUUAUGUAUGGUUAUAUUGACAGAUUGCAACUUAUUUUCUGAUAAAUGAAAUAUGAUUUUUGUCUUAAAACUGCUUGAUUAAUAGAACAUUUCAAUAAACGGCUACUACAUUGGUCUUCAGUAAAGUGAGGAUUAGCAAUUGACCAGGCUAUAUGCAAUGUUGAAAACAAUUGAGUUUUUUAUUUUUGUUAUUUAGAAUUGGUAAUGGCAGAACUGUUUGUUUCUUGGUGCCUUUUCAGAGUCUCAGGCAUCUUUUGUAAAUGACUUUCUCUGAUUAAUAAUUUUUCAGUAGGAAUCAGUAGUCCCACUUAAGUUACAAAUGGGCUAUACUUGCAUCAAUAGGAAGGUUUUUUUUUUAAUUUGCUAACAAAAUGCCUUACCUCAGCCAUUGAUUCAAUAUGUGCAGGACUUGUUAUUUAGAUUUUGUGAAAGUGGAGAUCCUGUACUUCCAUCAAAUAAUAUAUAAAAACAAUUCAAUUCCUUUUUCACUGCCACUUAGUGCCUUAAUUUCAGCCAAGAAAGCAGGUUUCCUCAUUCAUUAGCCAAUCAGGAUAUUAUUAUAUGUAGUGUGAUGUAUUUUCUUUAGUUAUACAUGUGUUCAUGCACCUUAGAUAUGUAAAAUGCAGUGAAGGGCUGUGUUCAUGAGCAAUUAAACUAGGAUUUCAAAACAUCAAAGAAGAGCAUUUUGUUAAUGUGUAUGUUAUGUUGGACAACCUGCAUAUUUUCAAAAUAUGUUUUCAUGUUAUUGGAAGUAGUAUUCAUUUCAUUCCUCUGAUGGGUUCAUCAAAAUACUGAUAGAAAUUGGUAAUUGGACUUCAAGAUUUUAUUACUGCACUUGCCUUGAAAAAAGUUAAGUUGUGGUACUAUAGUUAUGAAACUAGAGUUAACACCUUGUGCUAAGAUUAAGCUGAAACAAAGAAAACUACUGGUAUAUUAUGGCCUAGCACAACAGCCCAAAAAUACUGUAUUUCCACUGAUCCUAUGGAAAAUUUAAAGAUACAUAAUUAUAUAUUAUUAAGAUUUCCUGCUUAAGGAAAAUUUGUCAAAUGCAUCUGGUUACAAGCAAUAAGCCAGUACUGCUUGGAAGUGGGAACAGCGUAUGGAAAUAAAUAUACUUCAUUCUUACCUUAAAAUUUCAAUCAUAUUUAUCUGGAUACAAGUCUCAUUUAUUUAUAGGAAUUUUUUUUUGUACCAGAUCAGUAGGACAGCAGUAUAAGAAUACUGUUCUGUAUUUUUUUUAAAUGGAACUUUUGUUUCUGCUAUAGCUUACUUAUUGGGGACAAGUAUUUAAAGAAGACAUCGCUUCCAUAUUAAUUUCCAAUUAAUUAAUUAAUUUCUAAAAUAUUUCAAUUGAACGUUUAUAAAUGCAAUCCAAAAAUAUUUCUUAUACCAUCAAUUUAAAACAUAUCUUGAAAAAGCUUACAAACAGAAGAUGUAGAUGGAGUAUGACUGGUUUGUCAAUUAUAACAUAUACUAAACUAGCAAUUAAAAUAACACAAUGGACUUAGUUAAUAAAACCUUUAAAAUGUGAUUUUUUUCAUAUUUCAAAGUCCUAUCAUUUCACUUCUCACCAAUUCUUAAACCAUCUUUGAAUCAAUUCCAUUCAAUGAACUAAAGAGACUUUCAAGUUCUAAUUUCAGACUGCAGUCUUACAACAGUCUCUUCAACUUUAUUAAAACCAAUAGAACUUAUUUAUUGGUUAUGUAACUAUACUGCUGUAUCAGAUGUUUGUUUUAAUUUUAGGUGGCAACUGUCAAAAGAUGGCGGAUAGCUUCUAAGGAUCAUGGAAGUAAAUAUACAAGUUUUUAUGUUUUAAUAAAUCAGAGAUUUAUUUAAAAAAUCCCCCCAGUGUUUCACACAGAGACUUAGCACAGUAUUUGAGGAGAUUGUUAUAAAUUAAUUUAUGCAAAUUAUAAGGUCUCUGAGUAUUGUCAUGGAAAAGAAAAUGCAUUUUGAAAGACAGCUACCAUUGUCUUGGGUAGCAUAUUUUGGGAAUAAAUUUGUGGUGAGGACCAAAAAUGUUUCUGGUACUAUUGCUCAUAGUCACUGAACUUUUUGUUGAAAAUCCUAGUAAAUUUAAUGGGAUCUCCAGUAAUCACUGAAAUAUAUACAAACCUGUCAUAGUAGAUUCCACAGCGUUUGUUUUCUGGUGGUAUUCAAAAAGUGCAACAAUUUAGGAUAACAGCAAAUGAAAGGACAAAUUUGUAGCUACAAUCAAUUUUAUUUUCAUUCAUUUAUUCAAAUUUAAUUUUUGCAAGGCCAUUUUUAUCCACAUCAACAUUUAAAGCAUAUUACUUAGAAAUUUAAAACUUAAGUACAGUCCUUAUUCUGAAAAAAAAGUUCAACAUUCCUUCUUUAGAGAAUUAUUAGCACACUCACAAAAGUAAAGUAUCUAACAGUGCCUCACCUAAACAUGGAAGUAACUGGGGUUUGAUUCCAAAUUAAUAUUUUUAAAUAGAGUUUUUCUGUUUAAGCUGAAGUACUGGUAAUAAUUUUAGGUAUUGUGCAAGAUCAAAAUAGCUAAUUUUCUCAAAAGAAUAUAAUAUCCUAAUUUCACAGUUUGUUAAAUUUAACAUUUGAAUUUGUCCUCCAAUAUAAUUUAGCAUCUGGUUGCAAUGAGAGAAAACAAAUUAAUUGAUAUUCUGUACAAAAACUAUUACAUCAUUUUGACAUUUCAGCAAUCACUGUUUUAUGUUCUGAAUUCUAAAAAUGUGAAAUACCUGAUGUUUUUGAUUCCAAAUAUCACUUGUUUUAACAGAAAAAAAAUGGGUUGUACAGCCUGUGCCACCAAAACACAGUAUAAUUUUCUUUUUCCUUUAAUAAUAUAUGGUUAAAAAGAAACUCAAACUGUCUUCCAAUAAAUGGUUGUCAUAGAGAAAAUAUUUUUAAAUAUUUAAAUUUGUACUUCUAUUUAAAGUAAUUUAAAAAA